GCACCAACACUCCAGACUACUAUUGAUUGUGCAUUUCAAAACAUGAGGGUCCGAAUGGCUUUUUCCCGAUCCUUCAAAUUGGAUCUAGCUUCCCUCGGUGUCAUCGAAGGCAUCUCCUACGUCGACCCGAACACGACCUCGAGGGUCUUGUGCCGUUACAUUGGGGGUUUACCAUAUGCGUUACCUCCUGUUGGCCCGUAUCGAUUCAAGAGGCCGAGACCUUUACCGGAGUGUUAUAGAUAUGGCACGCACGCGAAUCCAGGCAGAUUUACGGGCGGAUGUGGUGUUUGCCCACAGCCCAAGGAGGAUCCGGAAAGGUGGGAAGAGGACUGUUUGCAGGUGAAUAUAUGGAUGCCUGCCGGCAAUCCUCCAGAAGAAGGCUGGCCAGUCUUGUUUUUCAUACACGGCGGUUUUCUUCAAUGGGGAACGCCUAAUGAAGGAGAUCACAUCGCAAUGCUCGAAGAGACGAACUUCAAUGCCAUUAUCGUGAAGCCUGCGUACCGCGUAAAUCUUUUUGGGUUUCUCGCAAGCGAGGAGCUUCUCGCUGAAUCACCAGAAAACCCUGACCUGAACGUCGGAUUUUGGGACCAGCGGCUUGCCCUCGAAUGGACCUACCAAAAUAUCAACCACUUUGGUGGGAACCCAAAGAAUAUUACCAUAGCGGGAUAUUCUGCUGGCGCCCAUUCAGUAUUUCACCAAGUCUCACAUGAGCUCUACUACCCGUUCGAACCCGACAAGUCAAUCAUUCGUCGUGCCUUCAUGUGGUCAAAUGGUCCAGGUUUGCAACCCCAUACGCUUUUGGAACGGCAACAGCAAUUCGAUGAACUACUCUCUCAAUUGAACAUUGAUAAAGGGCUUCCUCCUCCGCAAAAGAUGUCUUUACUUCGCAACUUGGACGUCAAGACGCUACAGGCAGCCAACGAACGAAUGGUGUUGCACGAGUUCCGUGCAGUAACUGACGAGAGCUUUCUUGCAUCAAAUUUGUUCGCCAAUAUCUCUAACGGCGACUUUGCUCGGCGUAUGCUCGCCCACAAGCUCGAACUCAUCACGGGCGAAUGUCGUGAUGAGCACUUUGUCUACGGUGCUUGGCGACCACCACAAUCUCUUACCUAUCGUGGCGUCUUCGACCGCCUCAGAGCAGAUUAUCCCCUGGCAGCCGUGAAGGUGCUGAUGAAUCUCUACUCACCUGAUGGUCAAUUACCGCAGCUCUACGAGGACUGGGGCGAUGCCUUUGGUCAUAUAUAUGCAGAUAUGCAGAUUCAUGAUAUGGAACGCGGGUUCGUGGAUUGUCUCACCCACCAUGGUGCUGGCAAUCUCCUGAAGCGCUAUCGAGUUGAGUGGAGGGCAAAGUGCUGUGAAAUAGACUACCCCAAAGAAUGGGGAGUAACUCAUGGGACCGAUACUGCGAUCUGGUUUUGGGGGGAGGGAAUGGGGCCGGGGCUCAGAGAUGCUGAAAAGCCCAUUGUACGCAAUUUCGUGUUUAACGCGAUGACAGACUUUGUGCACGGCAAAGAAAUUAAUCAGAAGUGGAAUACUAAGGAGACGAAGGAGGCGAGGAGAUUGAAAAGCAAUGGGGAGGUAGAUAUAUGGCAGGACGAGAGAUGGGAGAGAGGUGUGGAGCUAUGGCAGAGGCUCUCGGAUGCUGGCUGCCUUGGCCAUCCUACCUAGGUGCCUACCUAAGGAAGUCGUAGAGCAAAAAGAUAGCGACGGUCAAGCAGUUAGUAUAUAUGAUUAAAGCGUUCUCUAUUAUAGAGGACUAGGUAUUUAAAUAACUCUUUAUUCUUCUAUAUAUUACAAUUUUUAAUGCGU